AUGAUGAUGAUGACGAUGAUGAUAGCGUUACUGCUUCCCGUUGAAUCAAAUAGCCUUGCCUUGACCGGGCAGAAUUGUACCGUCAAAGAACCGCUGUACGGCAUUGAGUUCAACCUAUCCUCGCUAAACUCCGACUUGGCACAUCACGCCACCUCAGACAUCAACGAAAAAUUCAUUUUCGAUGUAUGCGACCAGUUGGACGUCCCAUGCAACGGUGUGUCCGGUGGUGCGGCUUGUCUGCGCCGGAACGAUGGAACAGAAGUGCUCCUCGGUAUAACAUCCACCCUGCAACUGGUGGACGGAAGAAUCCAUUUCAAUUUCACCGGCGGUGAACGGUGUCAAAAGGUGAAGCACUAUUCGUUCGAUAUAAUUCUAAUGUGUAGCUAUGUGGCGGAAAUCGAACCGAUGAAUGUGGUACCCUACUCGAGCGAUCAGUGCAGUUAUUUCAUGUUCUGGUCAACGGAGAAGGCCUGCGCGCCCUUACCGGACAGAGUCAAGAACAACGAGUGCUCUGUGACGGAUGCCACGGGACACGUUUUCAACUUGCUGCCGUUAAGUCAUGUCAAUCAUCAUGUGCCCGAUCGGAAUGGAUCGCAUUUUUUCGUGACUGCUUGCAAACCCGUACACUACGGUCACAUGACAAUGUGUCCCCUGGGAAGCAGUGUGUGCUACGUGAAUAAGAUGGAGGAUGAUUACACGCAUAAAUAUCACGAUUAUGGACAAACUGAUGCUAACCCGACUAUCGAACAGGGAAGGCUCGUAAUGAAUUUUAAAUCGAAGGAGGGAACCUGUCAAGAUUCAAAAAUUAUUUUCGAAUGUGAUUUAGCCGCUACAGAGGAAGUUCCUGAAUAUGUAGGAAAGGAAGGUUGCACGCACCUGUUCUCAUGGCGUACCUCGUUGGCUUGCAAGAAACGUGACCCAUGUGCUGUGAUAGAUCCCAUCAGCGGAUUGGUUUUCAAUAUGACCUCUCUAGCCAAUAAAACUUAUACCGUCGGACAAGGCGAUACAUUAUAUGAGUUCGGUAUUUGCAGCCUAGCGAAAAGUCAGUGCCCCGAUCAGUCCGGUGCCUGUCAGUUGGCAAAAAACAAUUCACAAACUAUCAGCUUGGGUGCCAUCAACGACAACCUGUUGUACAACAUCACGGGGGCACCUUAUCUUCGGUACACAUCCGGAUCGAUUUGCGAUCAGACCAACCGGAAGUGGUCUACCAAGAUAGAAUUCAUCUGUGAAACGGAUAAAGGCGAAAAAUUGCCACCUAAACUGGUGGAGAAUACUGGCUGCGAAAUGAUCAUUCAACUGGAAACGGAAUUAGCAUGCACCCACGAAAUAUCCUGCUCUGCGAUGAAUUUCUCCAGUGAUCAGGAAGUGGAUCUUAGUCCGUUGAUUUCCUCAGAUCACAACUAUGAAGCUCUGAUCAAUAGUUCGUUACCAAUUGCCGGAGAUAAACGAAAAAAGUUCUUUUUAAAUGUGUGUCGCCCGCUAAUAUCCACCUUCGGCAUCGGUUGUCCGGGAGGAUCGGCCGCAUGCCUAGCUGUUCAAGGCCCAUCAGAUCCUACACCUACCAACGAACUAUCACUCGGAUAUCCGGAUGUAUCGUUGACUAUUGUUGGCGAACGGGCACAACUUAGAUACCUGCGUGGUGACGUUUGUCCGCAGGACAAUGCAACGGAGCUUUCAACCGAGAUAGAAUUUUUCUGUUCACCAAAAUCCGGUCGAGGAAAUCCAAUUUUGCAAGAGGUUCAACACGAAUGCCACUUCCGGUUCGAGUGGCCCACGAAUGCAAUUUGUCCGAGUGCUAGGGUGGAAUUCAGUUCGAGCGAUUGCGCGAUUUUUAAUGAUCAAACCGAUGAACGAGUUAAUUUACGUGAUAUCUUGCCUAACGGAGCACUGUUGGUUAAUCCAAACCCGAAAAGUGCUUCGAGUGAAUUGAAGGACGGUAGAGUGAUGUUUUGUGAGAGGAAUGUAACUGCUGUGGUGGACUACAGAAAGCAGGCAGUGAAAAUGUUCUUCACAGUUCCGGAUGCACUCUGCGAGGGAACGGGAGGCAACGUUAAUGUCAAUCUACGAGUCACCUGUGCGGACGAGAAGAGUUUCUCCAUAAACGAGCUACAAAGGCGCUUAUUGGCGACGGUUCGUCGAGCGGUUAACGAGGGAAACAUCGAUGAGCACUGCGCACCAGUGUACACGGAACCGAAGCUAUUCUAUCGAAAGCGAGGAACAGCUAACCCCGAUCAUUUGGCGUUAUUUUGA